CUUGCUGGUGAUGGUGGAGGUGGCGGAGGCGGUGAAAAUGAUGGUGGUACUGGUGAUAGUGAAGGUGGUGGUGCUAGUGUUGGUGGAAGCAGUGGUUCUUCUGAUGGUGGCGAUGAAAGUGGUGGUGGUGUUGGUGGAGGUGGAGGUGGAGGUGCUAGUGCUGGUGGAGGUGGUGGUGCUGGUGGAGGAGGUAGUGGUGGUGGUGGUAGCGCACCACGGUUCCGACGAUUUCCCACAUUAGGCUUUGGUGGUGGUGGUGGUGGUGGUUUUGACGGUGCUGGUGGAGGUGGUGGUGGUGGACAAGGAGGAGGAGACUUAAAGCUUAAGCUCAAAUUAUCAAACUCACAGUUAGCACCUUUACCUUCUGACAAUGAAUAUGGUCACCAAGGUGAAAACAAUAGCAUAGCGUCCGGUAAUGAGGUACCGCCAGUUGAUCCAAUCAGAAUUCCAAUUACGGAUCCAUUGGAAGUUAAUUCGCAUGUGGCUAUCGACACAAGGCUCCUUACUGACCCCGAGAACAGCAUCCGUCGUGGAGCCCGGUCAACAGCACAGAAUACUUAA